AUGGCUUCAAUACUACUUCUCUCAACCACCCUCCUCUACUUAACUCUAGCUUCUGCGCAGUGCCCCUACCCUUGCAACCCACCACCAACCGCGGGUGGCGGCAACACCAACACGCCACCAUCAACAACCAUGCCACCACCCGCUACACCAACGGGGAAUAAUUACCCCCCGCCGGCGGGUAUUUACACACCACCAUCAAAUGUUUUUCCUUAUAACCCUCCAACCCCUGACUUUUAUGGAGGUGUACCACCUGCCCCGGACCCUAUAGUCCCAUGGUUCCCCUUUUACUACAAGGAUCCGCCACGUAACCCUCGUAAAUCUUCGUCGGCUGAUGCGAAAAGCGGAUCAACGGCUGUGAUUUUCUUAGUCCAUGUUGUUAUGUUCGUCCAGUUGAUGCUAUAUUAG